AUGAGGUGGUUAUUUUCUUUCCUGCUGCUUGCCCUGCUGGGCGCGGUGCAGGCGCUGAGCUCCUCGGGGCAGAGAUUGCUGGUUAUCCUCGACGAGGAGGCUGAGAAGGAGAAGUACAGUGUAUUGUUAGAGGACUUGUCGAGUCGAGGUUUCCACACAACAGUACAGUCGCCUAAAGCAGACAAACUAUCACUCUUCAGACAUGGCGAACGCGCCUAUGACCACGUAAUCCUCCUCCCGGCGAAAUCGAAAGGCCUCGGUCCCGCCCUCACAGCGAACCAAUUCCUCGACUUCAUGAACAAGGAAGGAAACGUAAUUGUUGCUCUUUCCAGCGAACACGCCACGCCAUCCUCCGUCCAGUCGCUGCUUCUCGAGCUCGACAUCAAUGUCCCGUCGGACAAGGGCGCUUUGGUGGUUGACCACUUCAACUUCGAUUCUACCUCUGCUGCGGACAAGCAUGAUGUUCUCCUGCUUCCGUUCCCGAAGGCGAUCCGGCCAGAUGUCAAGAACUACUUUGCUGGUGAGGGCCUAAUUGCGGUCCCGCGCGCUGUGGGCCAGACACUCGGAAACGACUCGCCACUUAUUCAGCCGAUUCUCCGAGCUCCUAGCACCGCAUACAGCUACAACCCUAAGGACGAGGCUGAUGUCGUCGAGGAUCCUUUCGCGACCGGCGAGCAGCUGAACAUCAUCUCCUCGGUCCAGGCCCACAACUCGGCGCGCUUGACUGUCGUUGGUUCUUCGGAGCUGCUUCAGAACAAGUGGUUUGCGGAGAAAGCUACGCUCAAUGGCCAGGCUGUCAAGACCGCCAACCGCGACUUCGUCCAGAAGGUCACUGCCUGGACGUUCAAGGAGACGGGUGUCCUGAAGAUCGGCAAAUUCCUGCAUUACCACGACGAGGGCGUGAGCAAGAAGCUAAAUACUAGCGUUGCCGUCCCAGAGCAUAACCCUAAGAUCUACCGCGUUAAGGAGGACGUCGCCUUCCAAGUCGAAGUCUCCGAAUACGAAAACGACCACCUCGCGCCCUUUUUCCCCGCCCAAAACGACGACCUCCAGCUCGAAUUCAGCAUGCUCUCCCCCUUCCACCGUCUCAACCUCACCCCCAUCUCCCAAACCGCAAAUUCCACCAUCUUCGGCGUCUCGUUCCGCACCCCUGACCAACAUGGCAUCUUCAACUUCCGCAUCAACUACCGCCGCCCGUUCCUGUCCAACGUGGAUGAGAAGAGGCAGGUCACGGUACGUCACUUCGCGCACGACGAGUGGCCGAGGAGUUGGCAGAUUAGCGGUGCAUGGGUCUGGAUCGGCGGUAUCUGGGUGACGGUUGUGGGCUGGGUGGCUUUCGUGGCGUUGUGGUUGUACAGUGCGCCGACGGAGAGAAGUGUGAAGAAGACGCAGUAG